CGAGCGGCGGCCGUGAUGGAGGCGGUGGUAACAGCGGCGGCGGCGAACGCCGGCGUGAAUGAGGCCGCUGCGGAACCAGAGUCAGCUGUGGCUUCUGCUGACGGAGCGGCGAGGUUGACGGAAAGACCUGGACAGACACGGCGUAAAUUCUCGGGGAGCCUCUUCAUUUGCUCUUUUGGCUGCGGAGCCACGUUUUCCAAGAACUGGCGGCUAGAAGCUCAUCUAUGCAGACACACAGGGGAGAAACCAUUUACUUGUGAAUAUGAAGGUUGUAAUAAAAGCUAUUCUAGAAAAGAUCAUCUUGCAAGGCACAUUCUGAUUCAUAGAGGAGAAAAACCAUUCAGGUGUACCGAUGAAAGAUGUAAUCAAACUUUCACAACAAAAGAUAACUUAAAGAAACAUCUCUCAAGAAAGCAUGACAGCAAAGAUAAGCUUUAUUUGUGUGAUUUUGAAGGAUGUGGUAGAUCGUUCAAGAAGCAUCAGCAUCUCAAAGUCCAUCAAUAUGAGCACACACGUGUACCGUCAUUCAAGUGCAAUUAUGAAGGGUGUGACAAAUGCUUUUGCCUUCCAAGCAAGUUGAAGCGUCAUGAGAAGAUACAUGCAGGUUAUGCAUGCAAAGUGGAAUGUUGUUCAUUUAUUGGAAAAACUUGGACAGAGUUACUUAGUCACAAGCAGAAGCAACACAAAGAACCCUUUAUUUGUAGUGAGUGUGGUAAGAAAUUUAAACGGAAAGACACUCUUCAAGCACACCUUAAAAUUCAUGCUGAAGAAAGGGAAGUCUUUCGAUGUCCCAGAGAGAGCUGUGAGAGAACUUAUACUACAUCUUUCAACCUGCAAAGCCAUAUUCUCUCAUUUCAUGAGCAACAGCGGAAUUUUGUUUGUGAACAUCCUGACUGUAAGAAAGCUUUUUCCAUGAAACAAAGUUUGGACCGCCAUUCUGUUGUCCAUGACCCUAAAAAACAGAAAUUAAAGGCAAAACAGCGACGUCCCAAGCGUAGUCUUGCAUCUCGUCUUGCUGGAUAUAUUCCUCCCAGGAAACAACCUGCUGUGGCCAUGGUGAUCUUAUCUGAAAUGCUUGAAAAGGCCAAGAUGUCAGAAAUAAAGAACAAAACUGAGCUGAUGGAGCCUUUGGUAGCUAAUGUUCACAAUAUUACAAUGAAAGAAACAUUAGACUUAAAAUGUAUGUCACAUUGAUAUGUGAACUUCAUAGUAUUUCAAAGUGUUUUAACUUCUGCAACGGGGUGUUGAAACUGUGAAGACUAAAGAUUGGCUUCGAGGCACUCCAUCCAUGGAAAAAUCUUGUGAAUAAUUUCAAUGUAAUGCUGGUGAUACUUGGAUUUGCCUUUAAAAAAUAAUCUGAAGUUCAGUUCAGUAUUUUUCCGCCCUCUCAUGCAUGUGCUUCUUAGCAUCAUUUAUUUCCUGUUACUUUGUCAUGGCUAUUUUGGAAAAUCUGGUUUUACCAUAAUACCAAAUGGUCCCUCUUUCUGUUUCAGCAACAUUUACUUUUUGACUGUUUUCUUUCAGUUGCAUUGCUGCUAGUUAAUUGUUGCACUUGACCCAAAUGAUCUUAAUUCACGUUUGAACCAGUCUGAUCAAUUUUCUAUCAACAUGCACAUAUCUGAGAAGGAAUGUGUUCUUAUGUAUUUUUAUUAAUCUAAUGUUAGGUAUUUGCACAGCUUUGAACCAAAGCAUAAUAAAUACAGUGAACAAGCUAUUCAACUGAAAUAAUUUCUAUCAAAGUUUCAAAGCUUAUACCUUUUAAGUAGUCAA